AUGAGCCCCACCGCCAUCAGCGACAACUUCCAACAAGUCGACUUCCAAGACCUCAAGUCCAAGGUCGUCGAAGGCCACGUCGAGCUCGAGGAGACCCCCAAGCCUUCCGUCGCCGACGACUUCAUGUACGACUUCAAGUACAACCAUAGCCUGCCCACCACCGACGCCCUUGGUGUCUCCAUUCCCGAAGACGCCGACCCUCAGGCGGCAGCUGAAGAACUACUCGCCAAGCUUUCACAGGCUUUGGGCAAGGGCGACGCACAGGCGUUCACUGGCUCGUUUCUUGACUAUGGUGUUUGGAGAGACAAGCUCGCCUUCUCGUGGGACUACCGCACCUUCAACUGGGCCGAGAACAUUUCUCAGGCUGCUGCCGACCUCUUGCCCACCAAUCGCUGUGGCAAGUUUGAGAUCCUCAAGCCUGCCCUCCAGAAGCCCUAUCCCGACCUUGGCUUCCUCCAAUUCAUCCUCGCUUUUGACACUCCCCUUACUCGCGCGUCCGGUCUCCUCAUCGCCGAGGGUUGGAAGAUUUGGACUCUGCACACCGUCGCCGCGUCUCUUCUCCAGUUUCCCGAAGUCGACCCCAGUGAUGGACACAUGACUGGAUCUGUCAGCUGGGAGAAUCAGAGAGCCGCCGAUGACGAUCAGAUCAAGCCCGAUGUUUUGGUGGCUGGUGGUGGUCAGAACGGUCUCGCUAUCGCGGCUCGACUCAAAGCUUUGGGAGUCUCCAAUCUCAUCAUCGAACGCAAUGCCGAGAUCGGCGAGAUCUGGAGGAAACGAUACGAAUACCUGGCCGACCACUUGCCCUACUUUCCCUUCCCAAAGCAAUGGCCGACCUACACGUCUGCCCAGAAACUGGGUAUCUUUAUGCAGUGGUAUGCCUCUGCUCUGGAGCUUCCUGUAUGGACCAAGUCCACUAUCACCAAGGCAGAGCAGGAUGUCGACGGCAAGUGGACCGUCGAGAUCAACAAGGAUGGAGAGACCAGAGUCUUGCACCCCAAGCACGUUGUGAGUAACGGGCUAUACUGUUCUUUGAACUCUUCUUACAUGAGCUCAGGUCAUGGCUACUUCACUGUGCGGUGUUCCAAUGAUGCCCGUCGUUCCUGGUAUGGACAAGUGGAAGGGAACGUCCGCCACUCUACUGCCAACGAUAGCUCUCGCGACUGGGUCGGCAAGAAGGUUCUCGUCGUUGGCACAUCCUCCUCCGGCUUUCACACUGCCUACGACUGUGCCGGAGUAGAUAUCGUCGUUACUAUUCUUCAACGCUCUCCGACAUAUGUCAUGUCCUUGACCCACUCUGUUCCCCGUGGAAUUGGAAACUACGAGCCCAAGAAGGGUCUUCCUCUUCCCGACUUCGAGGAACAGGACAGGCUUUUCCACAGCACGCCUCUCGGCCCCGGCGAGCCCCUUGCGCGACGUAACUGUGCUACACUCGAAAAGCUCGACAAGGAGCUGCUCGAUGGUCUCCAUGCCAAAGGUCUCAAGACCUAUGCCGGUCAGCGCGGUACCGGGCAAGUCACCCUCGGCUCUACUCGAAACGGAGGCUUCUAUUUUGAGGCUGGGGCCUGCGAGCAGAUCAUCAAGGGCAAGAUCAAGGUGGAGCAAGGAUUUGUCGAGUCGUUCACCGGGGCAUGCGAUUGUUUCUGGCGAUGCGGGACUGGUCCUUGA